AAACGGGUCCGGGAAGAUUUUUAAUUCGUUUAAUUUUUUGAGGAAAAAAAAGAAGAUAAGCCUGGCAGAAGUCAGUGAGCAUUCGAGGCCUUUAUUUCGCUUCUGUCUGACAGGUGGAACUGAUUAUUUGGACUUUGAAGGCUGUCUGUCCCUCAGUAUAUGAUCUCCAUGUGAGGGAGCUGUGUUCCGACCUCGCGCGGAUUCCGUUAGCGGUGCAAAGAUGGCGGCGUUUUCAGAGAUGGGUGUUAUGCCGGAAAUUGCAGAGGCAGUAGAGCAGAUGGACUGGCUUCUUCCAACAGAUAUUCAAGCUGAAUCUAUACCUUUGAUUCUGGGUGGUGGCGAUGUGCUAAUGGCAGCAGAAACUGGCAGUGGCAAGACCGGAGCGUUUAGCAUACCGGUUAUACAGAUUGUAUAUGAAACACUCAAGGACCAUGAAGAAGGCAAAAAAGGGGGAAAGACAGCUGUCAAGACUGGUGGUGCAGUAUUUAGCAAAUGGCAGAUGAACCCCUAUGAUAGAGGAUCAGCCUUUGCUAUUGGAUCUGAUGGUAUGUGUUGUCAGAGCAGGGAAGUAAAAGAAUGGCAUGGAUGCAGGUCCACAAAGGGAGUGAACAAGGGCAAAUAUUACUAUGAAGUACAUUGCCAUGACCAAGGCUUGUGUAGAAUUGGUUGGUCUACCUCACAGGCAGCGCUUGAUUUGGGUACUGACAAAUUUGGCUUUGGAUUUGGUGGCACUGGAAAGAAGUCCCAUUGCAAACAGUUUGACAGCUACGGAGAGGAAUUUACCAUGCAUGAUACCAUUGGAUGCUACAUUGAUCUUGACAAAGGAGAUGUAAAGUUUUCAAAAAAUGGGAAAGACCUUGGUCGUGCCUUUGAUAUUCCUGCACACUUAAAGAACCAAGCCUUCUUUGCUGCUUGUGUUUUAAAGAAUGCUGAGCUUAAAUUUAACUUUGGUGAGGAAGAAUUCAAGUUCCCUCCAAAAGAUGGUUUUACAGCACUAGACAAAGCUAUCGAUGGCCAUGUUGUAAAGUCACCACAUACUGGUACAGCACAAGUGACUCAAACUAAAAACUUACCAAAUGCUCCAAAGGCACUCAUUAUUGAACCAUCAAGGGAACUGGCUGAACAAACCCUGAAUAAUGUUAAGCAGUUCAAGAAAAAUGUUUCUAAUCCCAAACUAAGGGAGCUUCUGAUUAUUGGAGGUGUUUCUGCAAAAGAUCAACUAGCUGUCCUGGAACAAGGUGUGGAUAUUGUUGUCGGAACUCCUGGAAGAAUAGAUGACCUUGUCUCAACAGGAAAGCUGAAUCUAUCCCAAGUUAGGUUCUUGGUGUUGGAUGAAGCUGAUGGACUGCUUACUCAAGGCUACUCAGACUUCAUUUCAAGAAUACAUUCUCAGAUCCCUCAAGUGACAUCUGAUGGCAAAAGGUUGCAGGUCAUUGUUUGCUCUGCCACACUGCAUUCAUUUGAUGUUAAGAAGCUAUCAGAGAAGAUCAUGCAUUUCCCCACCUGGGUAGAUCUUAAGGGAGAAGAUUCUGUUCCUGAGACCGUACAUCAUGUUGUUCUAAGAGUUAAUCCAAAAACUGAUCGUUACUGGGAGAAAAUUGCAAGGCAUAUCCGGACAGAUGAAGUCCAUGCAAAAGAUAAUACAAGACCUGGUGCCAGUACUCCAGAGAUGUGGUCAGAAGCUAUUAAAAUACUGAAGGGGGAAUAUACAGUCCGUGCAAUCAAAGAACACAAGAUGGACCAAGCAAUCAUUUUUUGUAGGACAAAGCUUGACUGUGAUAACAUGGAACAGUACUUUAUUCAGAUGGGAGGAGGACCAGAUAGAAGGGGGCAUCAAUUCUCUUGUGUCUGCUUACACGGUGAUAGAAAACCAAAUGAACGAAAGCAAAACCUGGAAAGAUUCAAGAGAGCAGAUGUAAAACUCCUGAUCUGCACUGAUGUUGCUGCCAGAGGAAUUGACAUUCAUGGGGUUCCUUUUGUGAUUAAUGUGACUCUCCCUGAUGAAAAACAAAACUAUGUUCAUCGGAUUGGCAGAGUGGGCAGAGCUGACAGGAUGGGUCUAGCCAUUUCCUUGGUUGCAACUGAGAAAGAGAAGGUUUGGUACCAUGUAUGUCCAAAUCGUGGAAGAGGUUGCUAUAACACCAGACUUAAGGAUCAGGGUGGGUGUACUAUAUGGUACAAUGAAGUGCAGCUGUUGUCUGAGAUUGAAGAGCACUUGAAUGUCAUCAUCACUCAAGUUGAGCCUGACCUGAAGAUACCAGUGGAUGAGUUUGAUGGCAAAGUAGUCUAUGGAAAGAAAAGAGCAGCGGGAGGUGGGUCAUACAAGGGCCACGUUGAUGCUUUAGCAUCUACAGUACAAGAGUUGGCUGCCCUUGAAAAGGAGGCUCAAUCCUCUUUCUUACAUUUUGGCUAUCUUCCCAAUCAACUUUUCAGACGCUUUUGAGUGUUGCAUUAAACUGAGACACGUGCUACAAAGAGGCUGACAACUUACAAUAGAAGUUUAAGAAUGUUUAUUACUACAUAGCGACAUCUCAGAAUUGUUAGGACACUACUAUCUGUAUGUCAACAGGUUAGUUUUUUUGAUGCUUAAACACAUCUACACAACUUAAUGGAAUGGUGAACCAUCAAGCAUUGGAAUUGCUCGAGUGAAUAAAAUAAUCAAAUCAUA